AUGCUAAACAACUCUGUGCGCUCGACCAAGGGGAUGGCCAUCCUCGUCGGGGCCAUCUUCUUCGUCGCAGCCUUCGUCGGCCUAGUAUAUAACCAUCUCGACUCCUGGAAUCUUCCUGUCAGACCCCAUACACAACAUUCUCAACCGCGUCCCUCAACCACCGACGACAAUAGCACCACGCCGAUACAGAGGCCUUCUCCAGACUCCAAAACGCCAGCUGCAGCAACAUCCAGUGAUGACGAGCUUCGAAAAUUCUUCCUUAAACAAAUGUAUAAGCCCGCCCUUACGCCUGAUCAACCCUUUUUUAAGCCGUAUAAUGCUUUCGAGUGGAGAUUGCCCGAAGCGGCACAUUGGCAGCAGCCCAUGGGCGAGAAUCUCUGCAUCAUCGAUCUCGACAACCGCCUAUUCAAUGAGUCUGGCCAAGUGUUUGGCCCAGACGUUAUGGACUGGGACAGUCCCAAAGGUGUGCACGGCCUGUCCCUUGGUCUUUUGAAUCAUUAUGUGUAUGCUCGCAUUCACGGAUACAAGUACUACUACAUUAACACCGUUGACCCGGGUGAUCGCCGGGCAUCUUGGAAGAAACCCCCCGUUAUUUCGAAAAUUCUCAAGGAGCAUGACGUGUGCAUCUACCUUGAUUCUGACGCAAUCUUCCACUACCUGGACCUUCCCUUUGAGUGGCUCAUGAAUUACUGGAGGCUUUAUCCUGAUACCAACUCCAUGGCCCUUGCUGUCGACCCCGACACUGAUUGGAACAAGGACCGCUUUGGCAAACUCUAUCUCAACACUGGUUUCAUCAUUUCGCAAAAUAACCCCAUGACAUACAAGAUAAUGGAUGCAUGGAACAAAUGUCCGGACGAUGACAGCCCGUAUCCCGAAUGCAAGGAAUUCCGGUUGAAUGCUCCAGGACGCCCGACGGACCAGGGCGGUUUUGGUACGUUCGUCCGCUACAACUAUACGGAACAUAUCAGGGAGUUGCCCUGCACCGAGGCCAACGGCUUUCCGCAAACUGAUUCUGGCUGUAACGGCAUUUUUGUCCGACAUUUAUGGACCGGAAAGGACGAUCAAAUCAAGAUCGACGUCGGAACGCAGAUGCCUGGUCCCUACUUGAAGCUUUUCCACGAGCAAUAUUUGAAAGAGAAGCCUACUUUCUACAUUGGACAGGAAGACUUGCUUCGUCUUGGUCCAUCACAGGCACUAAAAGGCAAGUCUGUGAUGCCAUGA